CAUCAUUUGUGUCCUGAACGCCAUCCUUUCAACGACUCUUUUUCCCUAAUCCCCAAUGUACGUGUCUAUAUUCUUCUUUUAUAUUUCAGGUCAAUGGGUUCGUCUCCAUUCGUGCUUGGUCGCGUCUGGCGCGAUCUUCGCGUUUUCUGAUUCAACCAAUCUCGUGUUUUACUUAUCUCUAACUUGCACGUUUCAGCAUGCGUGAAAUCGUCCACAUCCAGACCGGCCAGUGCGGUAACCAAAUCGGUGCUAAAUUCUGGGAGGUGGUCUCUGACGAGCAUGGUAUUGAGCGGGAUGGUCUCUACAAGGGAACCAAUGACAUGCAACUCGAGCGUAUCUCGGUUUACUACAAUGAAAUCGGGUCCAACAAAUACGUUCCUCGUGCAGUUUUGGUUGACCUUGAGCCCGGAACCAUGGACUCUGUUCGCUCGGGACCUCUAGGUGGUCUCUUCCGUCCCGACAACUUCAUCUUUGGACAGAGUGGUGCUGGUAACAACUGGGCCAAAGGACACUACACGGAGGGUGCGGAGUUGGUCGACUCCGUUCUUGAUGUCGUUCGCAAGGAGGCUGAGGGCACUGAUUGCCUACAGGGUUUCCAGAUCACCCACUCGCUUGGUGGUGGAACUGGUGCUGGUAUGGGAACUCUCUUGAUGUCUAAGAUCAGAGAAGAGUACCCCGAUCGGAUGAUGUGCACGUACUCCGUCGUGCCCAGUCCCGCUGUCUCGGAUACCGUUGUUGAGCCUUAUAAUGCCACGCUAUCCGUUCAUCAACUUGUGGAGAACUCGGACGAAACUUUCUGUAUCGACAACGAGGCCCUUUACGACAUCUGCUUCAGAACGCUUAAGCUCUCCACGCCAACAUAUGGUGACCUCAACCACCUCGUUUCCUUCGUCAUGUCUGGUAUCACCACUUGCUUGCGUUUCCCUGGUCAACUCAACUCUGAUCUGCGCAAACUCGCUGUCAACAUGGUUCCUUUCCCUCGUCUCCACUUCUUCAUGACCGGAUUUGCUCCCUUGACCGCCCGCGGCAGUCAACAAUACCGUGCUGUCACUGUUCCCGAGCUCACUCAACAAAUGUUCGAUGCAAAGAACAUGAUGGCUGCAUCAGACCCGAGACAUGGUCGCUACCUUACCGUUGCUGCUGUGUUCCGUGGUAAAGUGUCAAUGAAGGAGGUCGAGGAGCAGAUGCAAAACGUUCAGAACAAGAACUCUGCAUACUUCGUGGAGUGGAUUCCCAACAACGUGCUGUCUGCACAGUGUGACAUCCCUCCUCGCGGAGUCAAGAUGGCGGUCACAUUCUUGGGUAACUCAACUGCUAUCCAAGAGCUGUUCAAGCGUGUCAGCGACCACUUCACUGCUAUGUUCAAGCGCAAGGCCUUCUUGCAUUGGUACACGCAAGAAGGUAUGGACGAAAUGGAGUUCACCGAGGCCGAGUCAAACAUGCAGGACUUGAUUGCCGAAUACCAGCAAUAUCAAGACGCAACUGUCGAGGAGGAGGCUGAGUACGAGGAGGAGGUACCAGCCGACGAGGAGUCGUAGAUCAAAAUGGUGACCCACGUUUACGAUCCAUCCCUACGUCACCCAUUUCCCUUCAUGACCAAAACUUAGGUAUUCGUCUAUUGGUGUUCUCUUUGGCAGAUGCCCCGUUUGUUCUGUUAAUCUUUUAUCGCUACCCUAGCCAGCAUCGCGUUCAUCUCAUUUUUCCUUUCUUCUGUCGUACACCGCCGGAGCAAUACAUUUCAUCGGAAACUGCAGUAUACCCUUGUUAUCAGUUGAUGAUCGAUGUGAGCAAGAGCCUUUGAAUUUUGGCAGGCUACACACGAGCUUGCCUCAGACUGUGAUCACAGAAGGAACGUCGUUUCAAUCUCAAACUUGUGCUUUAUUUUUUGGUUGUCACGUUUGGUGGCCUCUGUCUGCAGCAAUUUCUCUGUGCAGAGGCCAUCAAACAGGCAUACACGAGCCGUCACGUCCAGCGUGCUUCACGAAAUAUCAUCAUGUCUGCCUACCGUUGACCACGCU